AUGGAAGUCGGCAGUUUAUUACAGACUGGAGGUGGAGUUGGUGAAGCGGGCACUACAGAAAACGUCAUAGACAGUAUUUGCCCAUACAUUAAUCUGACUGUACCUGGAGUCAUUGACUCAAACACAGAAGAGAAAGUCCUAGUAAACCUGAGUUCUGUGGAAAUACAUGCUCCAGAGAAAAUAGAUAAGGAAAACCAAUAUGAUAAUGAGGUCAUAGAAAGUUUAAAAUUAAGCAAGAGCAAAAGAGGAUUAUUUCCUUUAAAAACAUUAACAGAUAACAAUGGUAAGCUCUCCAGUGAAGUCCAAGUGCGGGUAAAGCGGUGCAAGGAGAAUAUAGAGCAGGAUUCAGAAUUACAUAAAUUGAGAGUCCAGAGGGAAAAAAUAUUGAUAAAAAAAGAAGAAAUAUUAUUGGAAAAAGAGUCACAGCAAGCCACAUUUCAAAUAGAAAAAAACAAUUUAGAAAUCAAGAAACUUAAGUUAGAAAUAGCAUUAUUGGAAAAAAAAAAAUUAAUUUAUUCAAAGUCCCUGUAA